CGUCUCGGCAGCUGGCGUCGAGACUGUUAUUACUAUUUCUCUACAUAGUACCUCGUCCAUCCUUUUUUUCCAUUCAUUGCAAACCCGUCAUUCCCAACAGUCCUCCGAUCAUACACAUCUUCCGCCACCAUUAACACUCCCUCAUCAAUCAACAAGCAUUCGAUAACGCCAACAAUGUCGCACAACAACCAAUACUACUAUUCGCUACCUACCCAAGCACCGCAGUCAAGAUCAGGCAGCCGUCGUCCGCCUCUGACGCCAUCCACUGUUUCCUCUCCAUGCAUUUCUACACACGCUCCCGUGGUUACUCGACGAGAUUCUGGAACCGGCAGCCCUACUAAAGCGUCGACUCUCCUGGCCAAGGUUGCUUCACAUCCGUCUACUCCAAGGGUCGAGACUCCCUCGGUUUCUCCGAACGUCUUAGAUAUGCGUUCUAGUCCCAUUUCUUCGUCAGAGAGACCCGGUGUGUGGAGAAGUGAGAGUGCCCGCUAUGUCCAGCAGUACAGGCAGCAAGAUGGCUACAUCAGUUUCCCUGAUUUUGAAAAGUUCUGUCAGCAGCAAAAUCCAUACCAGAACCAGCAACAGCACCAACAUCAAUACCAACAUCAGCAUCAAGAGCAUGCCGCUGUGCAGACAUGA